UACUAAACAAAUACUCUUUGUAUGACACAAUUUGCUGUGUGUCUUAUAAAUUCUAGUCUUCUUCUUCCAACAUCCUCCUGAGCUCACCGACAGUGACUGCUACAUACUUUCUACAACAAAUUGUUUGAUUUCCGGUCGUUCUUCAGGAGUUGAAUGAUGGGGUCAAUGGAAAGAUCAAAGAAAAAGGUUCAAUUAUGGAAGAAAGCAAUUUUCCAUUUCUCUCUGUGUUUUGUCAUGGGGUUCUUCACGGGCUUCGCUCCAACGGGUAAAGCUUCAGUCUUUUCCAACCAUUUUGCUUCGUCGAAUAUAUCAGAGCCUUCAUCGUCAAAACCCAUUGAAACGCUGCCCCAGGCGGCCAACGUCAACCGGAGUUUGAUAGCCCAAGCUCCGGCGGCCAUUCCGGCGAGGCCUAAACAGCCGGAAAACACAGAAAUUGAAGAAGAAAAAGAACCCAAGUUGACACCCAGAAGACUUUUGAUUGUCGUGACGCCGACGAGUGCAAAAGAUCAGCUUCGAGGUGUUCUUUUGAGAAAAAUGGCUAACACUCUGAGGUUGGUUGCUCCGCCAUUGCUGUGGAUUGUGGUGGAGCCGCAAACGGAUUCGAACCAGGUGUCGGAAAUACUUAGAAAAACAGGUAUUAUGUAUAGGCAUUUGGUUUUCAAUAAGAAUUUCACCGACACGGAAGCUGAAAUGGAUCACCAACGAAACGUUGCGCUUAAGCACAUCGAGCACCAUAGGCUCAGUGGGAUUCUGCACUUUGCCGGGCUCUCCAAUGUCUAUGAUCUUGGCUUCUUCGACCAGCUCAGAGAAAUUGAGGUGUUUGGGGCAUGGCCAAUGGCUUUGCUCUCAGCAAACCAGAAGAGAGUGAAAAUAGAAGGACCAGUGUGUGAUUCUUCGCAAGUUAUAGGAUGGCAUCUACGGAAAAUGAACAAUGAAUCUGAUACAAGACCCCCAAUUCAUAUUUCAAGCUUCGGCUUCAACAGCUCCAUCCUCUGGGACCCCGAGCGAUGGGGCCGUCCUUCCGCUGUUCAAAAAUACUCCCAGAAUUCAAUGAGAUUUGUAAAACAAGUAGUUCUCGAAGACGAGACGAAAUUAAAAGGAAUCCCGCCGGAAGACUGCUCCAAAAUCAUACUGUGGCGUCUUCAGUUGCCCAGAGGGACGGCGUCCAAUUAAUUGAUCGAUCAUCAUCACAAGAUGUAAUAAGAGGAAGAAAGUGAGAUUAAGAGGAUAUUUUAAUCAGUGGAGAUCCAUUACGAUCAUAUAAAUAGCUGUCAAAUUUUUGUAUUAUUUUAUAAUUUCUCUAAUUUUUGGGGGAAAUAUUGUAUAUUAUAGGGUGUAUCUUUUGCAUAUUACUUGAAC